AUGAAAUAUACAAUUGUCUCCAGGUUAGUGAAACGUGACCAGAUGUCAAAGAGGGAAUGGACUGAUCUUCCUAUUCUAUCAUCCAUUGCUGACCGUUUAGCCUUAAACGAGCUUAUCAGAUUCCGAGCCGUCUGCAAGGACUGGCACGCGGCCUCUUCCGCUGCCUCCGACAAGGUCGAAGCCUUACCGGAUCAUGAGCCGUGGUUCAUAUUAUACGGCGAUGAUAAUUCUACAUGCACAUUGGUUACUGAAUAUUCCACUAAGAAACACGCCAUUGAUAUCCCAGAACUGAACGGAACAACCUGCCUAGCAUCGAGCCAAGGGUGGCUCCUACUAUUCCGUGAAGGUUCGAUGUUCUUCCUUUGCGUUUUGUCCCGUGCCAAAAUUGACAUUCCGGAGAUGUUCCCUCACUCGAUAAUCUCCAACCACGUAGCGUUCUUUUCGGCUCCACCGACGUCGAACGACUGCGUGGUGUCCGUCCUUAGACAAACUGAAACCGAAGUUGAAUUGUAUGUGAUACGUCGCGGAGCCACUUCUUGGACCAAGCACAAACUCGCAUCCACAAUCUGCAGGAACAUAAAACACGCGGCUUUCCUUAAAGGCGAGUUUUACUUCAUAGACGACUGGUAUUCGAUGGUGUUUUUUGAGAUCGAGACGUCGAAGUUGUGCCACGGGAGAGUAGUUUGUACUGAAUCGGAAACGGGUUUAAGAUUCAGCCAGGUGGGUGAGAAGAAUAAGUUGAAGGAACGAUUGGCAUCGGAUGAUAUGUCUCAAGUCUCAAUUUGUGGGACGGUUAUCUCUUGUGACAAUGCUCGUAGGAAUAGGAUAGUGCCAUAUGAAAACAGUAGGGUUUGUAAGAAACAAGGUGCAUGGUUUCAACCCAGGUUCCAUCAGAUUACCCAAAACCAAAGCUGGUGA